CUCUGCUAGUCAAGUGUAACGUAGUAAAACAGUGUCACGUCAAAGCGCCCUGCCCUCCCUGUUUUCCCACCAUCUCAUAUGGGUGUCAUGGGUUUGACUCCCCCUUCGGCCGUGUGCUAUUUCUCAGGGACGCAACACGCUACUGCAGCUUAUCCAGGCAACUGAUCAUUCCCGAUCGCUUUUGAUCGUGACGUUGGAUAUAUUAAUUGUUACCGGCGUGAAGAUGACUCGUGCAGCUGUGCGCGUUCCCACGCAACCUCAGUCAUGAACGCGCACUGAACACUCCGUUUCAUUUCGUCUAUUAGAGCUGCUAAACAUGAUCGACUAUGGAAAGCUGAGCCUCGUUCAUUCAUAGACCGAAAACAGUCAAUCAAAGGUCAUUCAGAGCAACCUGAAAACAAAAGGAUUUUAUUCACACCACAUUUGUGGUUCUCGACAAGGCCUAGGCCAUGGGCGGAGCCAAGAGUAAACCCAAAGAGCUCGGCCAGCGCUCCCGGAGUCUGGACGAUGGCACCGGAGGACACCACUCUAGUCCUAACCAGUCAUCCUUCACGCCCAACCGAAGUCCGCCGGUGGACGGUACCAGGCGCGGCACCCAGCCCCUCAUCAACGCGGAGCAGGCGCUGUUUGGAGGAGUGAUCUCCACACCCAACAGCAUCACAUCUCCUCAAAGAGGCGGCAUGCUAGCAGGUGGUGUGACCACGUUUGUGGCUCUGUAUGACUACGAGUCACGAACCGCCUCCGAUUUGUCAUUCAGGAAAGGAGAACGACUCCAGAUUGUCAAUAACACGGAGGGUGACUGGUGGCUGGCUCGUUCCCUGACGACGGGAGAGAGUGGAUACAUUCCCAGCAAUUACGUGGCACCGUCUGAUUCCAUCCAGGCUGAAGAAUGGUACUUUGGAAAGAUCACACGCAGGGACUCGGAGCGACUCCUCUUGAGUCUGGAGAACAGGAGAGGAACUUUCCUGGUCAGAGAGAGUGAGACAACCAAAGGUGCCUACUGUCUUUCCGUCCUGGAUUAUGACAAUGUCAAGGGACUAAAUGUCAAACAUUACAAGAUCAGGAAGCUGGACAGCGGGGGAUUUUACAUCACGUCACGCACACAGUUCAGUACUUUACAGCAGCUGGUCAACCACUACCGCCAGCAUGCAGACGGCCUGUGUCACUGUCUGACUGACGUGUGUCCAGUGCUGAAGCCUCAGACUCAGGGUCUGGCACGGGACGCCUGGGAGAUCCCACGUGACUCCCUGAGACUGGAUGUCAAACUGGGUCAGGGCUGUUUCGGAGAGGUCUGGAUGGGCACUUGGAAUGGCACGACGCGUGCCAUCAAGACUCUGAAGCCUGGCACUAUGUCUCCCGAGGCCUUCCUGCAGGAAGCGCAGGUGAUGAAGAAACUCCGCCACGAGAAGCUGGUGCAGCUUUACGCCGUCGUCUCAGAGGAGCCCAUUUACAUCGUCACUGAGUACAUGGGACAAGGAAGCCUGUUAGAUUUCCUGAAGGGUGACAUGGGGAAAAUGCUAAGGUUGCCUCAGCUUGUUGAUAUGGCCUCUCAGAUCGCCUCUGGAAUGGCGUACGUGGAAAGAAUGAACUAUGUGCACAGGGACCUCCGGGCUGCCAACAUCCUGGUGGGUGAUAACCUGGUGUGUAAAGUCGCUGACUUUGGCCUCGCUCGACUCAUCGAGGACAACGAGUACACAGCCAGACAGGGAGCAAAAUUUCCCAUCAAGUGGACUGCGCCAGAGGCGGCUCUGUACGGCCGCUUCACCAUCAAAUCUGACGUGUGGUCGUUUGGGGUCUUACUGACAGAGCUGACGACCAAAGGCAGGGUGCCUUAUCCAGGUAUGGUGAACCGGGAGGUGCUGGACCAAGUGGAGCGCGGGUACAGGAUGCCCUGCCCUGCCGAGUGCCCGGACUCCCUGCACGAGCUCAUGCUGACCUGCUGGCGCAAGGAGCCCGAAGAGCGGCCGACCUUCGAGUACCUCCAGAGCUUCCUGGAAGACUACUUCACCUCCACUGAACCACAGUACCAGCCGGGCGAGAACCUCUAGAGAUCCAGAUCCAGCCAAGCAUGCAAGCAAUGAAAGAGAUAUAAUUUCCCCAACCAGGAAAUGAAUGCGGUUGUUGCCUCGGGAAUUUUGUGGCAUAACCCAAACAAUAUUGAUCCACAUGGGAUGACAACAGAGCAUCCAGCUGUCUAAUUCAGCCCGUUAAAAGCAACUUAUUGGGUUUUCAAAUGGUCACCGUGUUACAGCAUCGCCCUCUGUAAUUAUCAUUGCAUGUUUUCCACUGCUUUCAUCGCAGAUGAACUAAAAACAGGAAGCAUCAUUCGCAAAGAAGUUCACUACUUCAGCCGUGCAAUUUGCUGUUUGUGCUGAUAAUUAUGUCAAGCCUUUAUUUCCAAAGCUCUCUGGAUUGAUCUUUAGCUGUUUUUCUUGACCUCGAUGUACCACCGUCUUUCUCCUAAACCCUUUUAGCGGAUGCUCCAGAUCUGUCAUUCAUCCUCCUCCUCCUCCUCCCACAAUCCCUCAUUUCUAUCCUCUCCCAUCCCCCUUCAAACCCCCCCAAAGCAUCAAGCUCCAUCAGCUCUGGUGUUCUUCACGAACCCUGCGACCCCGUUCACAAGCUCAGAUGGACCAGAUGUGAUUGUCCAGUAGGAGGCGGCAUGUUGGGAGACAUCUGUGAUUGCAACUGAACGGACGUUCCGGUUAAUGUCUUCCAAUAGAUAUCCAGGGUGUGUAUCUGAACGUGGUAUUUUAUGCCUUUUACUGGUAGAAAAAUAGCUUUUUGUCCCACUAUGCUUGUUUAUUUCUUUUGUAUCAACCUGGAUCAACUGGAAUAAGAAUGUGAUUGGUCGAACACUAGUCACAUGACUGAUUGGGCGAGGGGGAAAAAAGCGUUCGGACUGAAAUUAUUGAAACGAAACAUUCUUCCUUUUGAUAUGAACUCGUACACAAUUGGAGAAUCGUACAGAAUGUUGUUUUCAUUUGAUACAGUUAUUCUACUCUUCUAGUAUUCAAAACAACUACUGAUAUAUAUAUAGCAUUGUUUUUGUUUAAAGCAGAGAUGGCUGUAUAGUCCAACUUUGUGUGCCAAUACAAAGGAAAAAAAAUGAAUUUUGUACUGUUUUAUUAUGUAUAAAAUGUAUUUUUAUUAAUGUCAUUUUUUUUUUUUUGUAUCAAGGAGGAUGCGCAGGCUUUGUACCUAGAAUUUAAAGGGAUAGUUCACUGAAUAUAUCUUUCCAAACACAAACUGAGACGUUUAGCUGAAUGUUCAUGCUGCUUUUUUCCAUAUACGAUACUUUUACAUUUAUUGCAUGGGGAAAAUGUCCGCUAAACGUCUCUCUUUGUAUCCUAUGGCAAAAAUAACAGCAUAAAGGAUUUGGAACGACACGGCAAUGAGUGAAUUAUGGCAUAAUUUUAAUUUUUAUGUGAGCUAUUCCUUUUAACACUCAUGAAUAUUGUUCAAGAGAUGUUUCCUCAAAGCUUGUUAAAUGCUUGAAUUUAAAAAAAAAAAAAAUCUUUUUCAGUUAUUUUAGCUUUUUUGAGACAAAUUCUGACACAAAGUUGCCAAUGUGUUAUAUGCAAAAUAGCCAUUAUUAUAUAUUGAGAUGAGAAGAGGGAGCUCAAUUCUAUCUCUACUACUUUACCAUCAUCAGAUCCACAGAAAGCCAUGAACCCUGACAGUGAGGUGUUACGCAUUAGAAACCCAUCUUAGGUCAGUUACUGAGCGCUUAGUGAUGGUUUGAGAUACCUGAAUAAAUAUUAUAAUCACUGCUGAGACAAUGUAGAAUGAACUAGAUUUGAAUUGUAGGGAUGUUGUACUCAUAUGAUGAUGGUUGCAUUGAGCAUACACCGUGUCCUAACCACAAGCGACGCGAAAAGAUUCCAGCUACUAGCAAUUAGUCUGUCCACGCAAUACGCAACGCGAUUAUGAGACGCGAUAAAGCAAAAUCCCUUUAAGACAAGUCAUUUCACUCGGCGGCCAUCUUUGAAACGCCUCUCGGGCAUCCAAGUGCAUCUCUUUGAAUGGGGAAACAUCAAAUUCUCCAAAGCUGUUUGCCAACCUUUCAAUUAAAUUUCAUAUUCGAAAUCACUAAUGACAAAAAACUAUUUUUCAGGCUGGAUCAAGUUAAUGUGCAUGUGCAGUUCUAAAUGCACGUCUCUUGUGUCUCAUUUCGGAGGCGCUUCUGACUGUUUCUAUAGGAACCGGAGCUUCUAACCAGGGGUGCCAGUUUUUCACAACAAAACCCACCCAAUUGCUCCUCAAAAAUAGCCCAAAGGCAUUUCAGGGGGUCCCACGGCUUUUUUGGCGGGGCUCCCCGGUAAAAUUCGCAUUCCAUGGACUAAAUAUUAUGUUAUUUUGGGUUGAUUCAACCCACGGACAUGGAAAAACAACCCGCAGCAACAGUGUAAUGGGGUGUCCACACCAGAUGCGACUUGCGCGAAUAAAUUGCGUUAUUCGCGCGUAGACGCUUGAACAUUUUGAGUUUACUCGCUUCAUUCGCGCGUGCAUUCACUUCGCAACAGACGCGAAUUCGCGUCAUGAGAGGGGCUCUCCCGCUCCUUUGUGUCCCAGACUCUUCCACUUCUUUCUGCACACUUUUUCUGAAUAAACACAACUCAUCAGUGGGAAAGUAGUUGUAAAUUACAGCGAAUAAGAUCAAUUUGCCGGCUUUAGCUAGCUUGUAGUCUCAAUAUGUAUGUAUGUAUGUAUAUAUGUAUGUAUGUAUAUAUAUAUAUAUAUAUAUAUAUAUAUAUAUAUAUAUAUAUAUAUAUAUAUAUAGCUCAAAUUGAGUAAAGACCGUUUUUUUUACUUACUUACUAGAUUGUCUGACCUCCUCACUCACUUUCUUUCAAGCAAGAUCCUUUUUAUUCCUGUUUCCAUAAAAGUAUGAAGAUGUAUCUUACAGUGACGAUGAUUUUGUCCUCCAUUGUUGUUUUGGAUUUCUGCCUCAGCUCGCUACUUCACGUCACUACUAGAGCAAGCUCCUGAUUGGUUAACGCGGCGCAAAUUUACGCCAAACUUAAGAUUUUUCAACUUGUGCGAUUCACGCGAAUCACGCGCUACGCAUGUCAAAUGCCCGAGAUGCUAAAUUCCCGCGAAUUGCGUCAUUCGCGCCGCAGGAUGUCUAUUCGCGUCUUUGCAUUGACUUAACAUGUAAAUCACUCGCGCUUAACGCUUCAUUCGCGUCUGGUGUGAACGCACCAUAAAAGUAGCCCAAUUCCGCGGGAAAACCGCGGACUUGGCAACACUGCUUCUAACGGCCGCUGCAGUGAUGCGAUGACUUUACCAGUCUGCUAUUGGCUCUUAUUAGGCUGGACUUCACAGCCAAUCAGAAAAGCGUGUGGAUGGGCUCUCGCGGCAAGCUCACAACAAAAUUUAUAAUCAAAUUCAUGAAUAUUACACUAUUUUAGCAUUAUUAAAAAUACGUACUUACUGAAACAAUCUUUGUCAUAAAAUACACGUGUCUGUUCAUAAUGAGUUGACAGUUUAAACAUUCUUGUUUCCUUUUACUUAUUUUGAAAAUCUGAGGUGAAUUGUCCAUUGUUAAUUUCAGUUCGACUAUAAAAGACACACAAAAUGAUAUUUAAACUCACAUUAGAUGCUUUAACAUUAAGUAAAGUACAUGAGAUUAUCGUUAUGCUUUGUAUCGUUAUGUGUUGUUCCAGCUGCAACGUCGCAGAAAAAUAGAAACCGAAUCGUUGCUCAUCGCCGUCGCGGCUAGUUAGGACAAUUAACAUGGAAAAGAUGCGUUUUAUCGCGUGUCGCGGCGUCGCGUCACGUCUGUUUAGGACACGGUGUGACGUAAGGGUUUGGAACUGUGAAUAGUGGGUACGUUGUUUAGAAUGGCAUGCAGCUGUAAUCGCGGUACUUAUAGCUGGUAGAUGUGUGACGCCUGUCGAUAUACUGUAAAUACUUUUGUAUGGUUACUGUAAAUAUUCUUUGCAUAUUUAUUGCCUCAAUUUAUGAUCAGCAGAUCUUUGCUUGUUUCUCCCCGCAAGAUAAACGCUAAUGUUACACAUACAAAGAUGGUGUUUCCGCAAAGAACAUUCAAAUCUGUUUUUUUUUUUUUUUUUUCUAAGAUAUGCAACUGAAAUGUAAUGCGAUUCGGCCAAUCACAAAACGGCAAGCCAUCAUGUUUUAGUUGCCGUGUAUUUAUUUAAAAUAUCUUUUUGUUUUAGCCUUUUGUGUUUACUUUUAAAGUAAAAUACCUGUAAGAAUCAUUUCUUUUUGUGUGACUCGCAGCACACUUAAGUACUGUGUUUUAUUAUUUCUUUUUUAUUCUUGCAAUAAAUCUGCUGUUGAUUUUGACAGGUAGUUACUGCAAAGUUAAACUGCACUGUAUGCAUCGAUAUGAGCGAAAUGUGACUUACUGAGGAUAUCUGAUAGUGUUCUUGAUCUGGGUGAAAUGACGGCUUAUGUGUUGAACUGGAAAAUAAGAUGAUCACAAAUGAAAAUUAGUCAAAUCUACAAGUAACCCGAAUAUUAGUGCAACCCCAUGUAAUGCAUUCAAACUAUGCAGUUGUUUUCUAUGAGUUGCGUGUCUGUAUUUUAACUGCAGUUUCUCACAAUCAAAUUCCAGGGACUUUCUCCCAGUGUACAAUUCUGCAAUGAUCAGUUUCAAAGUAAGAAAUAACACUGAAAUGAGAUUUGUACUUUAAAAAAUUAUGACUUGGUGUUAUCUUUUUUCUUUUUCUUUUUUUUAAGUGCAAUAAACUGUGUUUCUAAA